GUGGUGUGGGGGAGGAUAGCAGCUACCAGCCAGAUAAACACUCAGCAUUGGUUUGCAGAGCAGGAGUAACAUGGCGGCACAGUUAGCCAGCAGAAAUGUUGUUUCACUACCGCGAAGGUCAGAGCUGCUUCGGAUAAACGGAAUUUAACAGCGAGGACACAGCCAAAAGUAUUAAAUCCAGGAAGAAGCGGAUGAUGCAUAAAGGUUUCCUAGCAUUAUCGUCUUGCAGCAAUGGCCUGAGGGACUCUCUGGACUGAUACCAAGACGCUGAUAUGCAUUGAGGAUGAGUGGAGUCGGUGAAAACUCAUCUGACCCUGCCAGGGCAGAGUCACGAAAACGCAAAGAAUGUUCUGCAGAACUUCUUGGACCUAGUCCCAAGCGGAGCAACGAGAAGCGCAACCGCGAGCACGAGAACAAAUACAUCGAAGAGCUCGCCGAGCUGAUCUUUGCCAACUUCAACGACAUCGACAACUUCAAUGUUAAACCUGACAAAUGUGCAAUCCUGAAGGAAACUGUGAAGCAAAUCAGACAAAUAAAGGAGCAAGAAAAAGCUGCAGCAGCAAACGAGGAGGAGGUGCAGAAGGCUGAUGUCUCAUCAACAGGCCAAAGUGUGAUUGACAAAGAUGCCUUGGGACCAAUGAUGCUGGAGGCCCUGGAUGGUUUCUUCUUUGUGGUGAACAUGGAGGGGAACAUCGUGUUUGUGUCUGAGAAUGUGACCCAGUACCUUCGCUACAACCAGGAGGAGCUGAUGAACACCAGUGUCUACAGCGUGCUGCAUGUCGGGGAUCAUGCUGAGUUCAUCAAGAACCUGCUGCCUAAAUCCCUUGUCAAUGGCGUCCCGUGGUCAAGCGAGGGUCCAAGGAGGAACAGUCACACGUUCAACUGCCGAAUGCUGGUCAAUCCGCACAGCGAGAACCAGGACGAGCCACACGAGCAUGAGCCGCAGCAGCAGAAAUACGAGACCAUGCAGUGUUUUGCCGUUUCGGAGCCCAAGUCCAUCAAAGAGGAAGGAGACGACUUUCAGUCAUGCCUGAUCUGUGUGGCUCGCAGGGUGCCCACAAAGGAAAGACCCAUGCUUCCCACGCAUGAGAGCUUCACUACACGCCAGGACCUACAAGGUAAGAUAACGUCCCUAGAUACCAGUCUGCUACGAGCAUCCAUGAAGCCAGGCUGGGAAGAUCUGGUGAGGCGCUGCAUCCAGAGGUUUCACCUACAGAAUGACGGAGAGAUGUCUUUUGCCAAGAGACACCAGCAGGAAGUGCUACGCCACGGUCAAGCUUUCAGCCCCAUCUACCGGUUCUCCCUCUCUGAUGGAACCAUCGUCUCGGCUCACACCAAGAGCAAACUGGUGCGCUCGCCUGCCACCAAUGAACCCCAGCUCUACAUGUCCCUGCACAUUCUGCAGAGAGAGCAGACAGUAUGUGGAAUGGGCCAGGACAUGGGUCCUGGCAAUCAGGCCACAGGGAUGGCUCCCAAACCAAUGAACUCCUCCACUCCCUCCAUGACUCCUCCAACCCCAGGCAGUCUGCCAGGUUCGGGGCCUCAGGGCCAAGACACUACCAUCAGCAGCAACAGCACGCCUUUCUCCCCUCCAGGCCCUGCUGGUCCCAGAGAACCAGCUGCCAUGGGGGGCCAUAUGCAGGGCUACCGCUUUGGUUGCCCCCCACCACACAACCACACUGGGGGCAUGCAGCCACCACAGCAGGGCCCCAACUGGAGGAUGAACAGCCCAUCUCGCGCCAGCCCCAGCCCGGUCGGAGGGCCCCAUCCACCUCAACAGAACUCUAUGCUGUCACCCAGGCACCGAGGGAGUCCUGGGGGGGCAGGAAGCCCUCGCGUAGCAGGAGGCCUUCACUCGCCGUCCCCAGUGGGGAUGUGUGGUGGAGGGCCUGGAGGUGCAGGUAGUAGCACGGCUAGCACCCACGCUAACAGCUACACUAGCAGUUCUCUGUCAGCUCUGCAGGCCCUUAGUGAGUGUCACGGUGUAGGACACGGACAUGGACCCCCUCAUGCACAUACACUGGGGUCUCCAGACCGCAAGAUGGGCUCCCCAGCUGGAGUCACACCAGGGUCAGGGGUAAACACUCAUAUGAUGUCAAAACUUGGAUCAGGCAACAGUGCUACUGGUGGAACAGGAGACUCAUUUGGACCUCACUCAGAUGUGAGUCAGGGACACCCACAGGCCCAAACGGAGGGCAGCCUGGUUGAGCCCAAGGAGGAGAGGGACGGCCCCCUCGAGGGCCACGAUGCUCACAAUCGUUUGCAUGACAACAAGGGCCACACCAAGUUGCUUCAACUGCUCACCACCAAGCCAGAACCUCUAGAGACGCCUCUGUCCCCUGGUGCAGGAGGUGAGGGCAAGGACCAGGCUGGGACAGGGGUCCGGGGUGGCCACGCAGGAGGGAACACUCAUGCCACGUCCCUUAAAGAAAAACACAAAAUCCUCCACCAACUGCUUCAGAACAGUACGUCUCCUGUAGAUCUUGCCAAACUUACUGCAGAGGCUACAGGCAAAGAGCUGGGCCAAGACCAAAUCCAGGGUGCUGGUAGCACAGCUUCUGGGGCAGAAAUUGCACCUAAGCAGGAGCCCCUGAGCCCCAAGAAGAAGGACAAUGCCCUACUGCGCUACCUACUGGAUAAAGAUGACACUGUAUUAAAAGACAAGGUCCCUAAGCUGGAGCCUGGGGAGGUGAAGGUUGAAGGGGGCAAACAUCCCCAGGUCAAGGCGGAGAAACAGGAUGCAGGAUACGACCGGGCUGAGCAGUCGUCGGAGCUAGAUGACAUCCUGAAUGACCUGCAGAAUGCUCAGCCACAGCUCUUCUGUGAGCCACGGCCUGUUUCGUUGCCCAGUCCCAUGGACAAACAGAACAUCAUCAAUGACAUCCUGCAAAUGUCCGAAACCAGUCCUGCCAUGCCGCCACAGCAGCCACACAGGGGCAUUGGACCUGGCAUGGGCCCGACUAACUUUGGGGGUGUCCGACCAGGCCAGCCAGGCAGGGGUCUGCCUGUGAGGAGUGUGUCUCUGGACAUGAAUGUGUCCCCCCAGCAGCCCUCAUUACAGUACCCCAUAAGAGCCACAAGUCCAUACACUCUUAUGCAGCAGCAACAGCAGCAAGGCAUGGUGGGAAGUCACAGCAUGAUGGCUAACCAGGCCGGUAUGGUCAAUGCAGGGCUGAUGGCUCCAGGUGGUCCACGGCCAGGUGUGCAGCAGCAAGAAGGCUGGGUGGGUUCAGCUUCUGCCCCCCCUCUGGGAGCGGCUGGUCCUGGACAACAAGGAGCCAUGCAGGGCAGGAUGGGACCCGGCAAUGCUCCCAUGAGGCCCAACAGCCAGCCAGGGCCCCGACCGAUGCUCCAGUCCCCGAUGAUGGCCAAUGCCCAGCCUGACAUGGACAUUGGUAUGGUCAGCCACCAUUUCUCCCAACAACAGGCUCCACCCAACCAAACAGCCCCCUGGCCUGACAGCAUGAUGCCAAUCGACCAGACAGCUUUUGUAAACCAGGGCCGACCGGCACCCCAGGAUGAUUUGUUGUGCAAUACGGGACUCAGUUCAGGUGACGGCAAUUCAGUGGAUGAAGGGGCCUUGAUGUCACAGCUGUACACCGCACUAAAAGAUUUUGAUGGCCUGGAGGAGCUGGAUCGUGCUCUGGGUAUUCCUGCUCUGGUAGAACAGAGCCAAUCACUGGACCCAGACCAGUUCCCCCAGGACCCCUCCAUGAUGAUCGAUCAAAAGCCCCCCAUGUACACCCAACAAUUUGGUCCCCCACCAUCCCACAUGGCACAAAGGGGCUACCCCGGUGCCCCCAUGCAAGAGCCAGGCUUCCACCCCAUGUCUGGCCAGAUGGGCACACGGCCGGGUUACCCAAUGAUGAGAAUGCAGGCCCGACCCGGACUCAGGCCCACCGGCGUCGUGCCCAACCAGCCCAACACACUACGACUGCAGCUGCAGCACCGGCUCCAGUCCCAGCAGAACCGUCAACCAAUGAUGACUCAGAUGAGUAGUGUGUCAAAUGUGAACCUACCUCUUAGAGCCAACGCUCCAAACCAGGGAAACAUCAAUGCUCAGAUGUUGGCGCAACGUCAGCGGGAGAUGCUGAGUAAUCACCUGAGACAGAGGCAGCAGCAGCAGCAGGUGCAACAGGCCCAGCAGGUCCAGCAGCAAAGGAGCAUGGCCAUGAGGGCCCAGGGCCUGAACCUGCCUCCCAACAUGGCCCCCGGAGGCAUGAGUAACCCCCGGAAUCCUCAGGCCAACCCGCAGCAGUUCCCCUACCCACCCAGCUACGGUACCAGUACAGGCCUGGCCUCGUCACCUCCCCCUACCAGCCCUUUCUCCUCCCCUCUCUCCCCCAGCCUGCCCUCUCUCCCCACCAACCCCCAGCUCCACCUGCAUGGCACCUCCUCCUCUUCCUCCACCUCCUCCUCCUCCUCACAGAUGAUGAUGGGAAACACAAACAUGAUGGGCGGACAGUACGGGGCCGUACUCAGCCCCCAAAUGCAGCACAGUGCCUUUCAGUUUCCCAACUCAGGUAUGAGCCAACAGGCAGACGGAAGUUUUGGAGGUCCCGGCACACCACAGAGCCCUCUGCUUUCUCCCCGCAUGGCCCACACACAGUCCCCAAUGAUGCAGCAGGGCCAAGGAAAUGCUGCUUUCCAGGGUUCCCCCGACAUGAAUGGCUGGCCGCAGGGCAACAUGGGAGGCAACAGUAUGUUCUCACAGCAGCAGGCAUCACCUCAGUUCACCCAGCAGAAUAACAGCAACAUGUACAACGGCAAUGGCAUGAGCCUCAACAAUGUCUCUAUGGCCACCAACAUGGCAACCAGCAGCAUGAGCAGCAUGGGCCAGAUGGCGGGACAGAUGAGCGUCACAUCCAUGGCCUCAGGGCCCUCACCCGGCUUACCCUCCAUGGGACAAGAACAGAAAUACUGUUGACCCUCAUGGAGCUCUUCACAUGAACCUCAGUGAUCAGCUGGUGCAAGGAGCGCGUCGGCCCUUUAAGAAUCGAAAAUACAAACGCGUAACCAACCGACUGCCCCUUGGACCGGCGAGGUCGUGCCCUGACCCCCACCCCCCCGCCUCUCCCCAGCCCAGAUUUGCCGUCUGUCCAGCCGGGGGCGUCUUCGGCAGCCAAACGGACACAGGAGCGUGAAGAGGGCUGGGGACGGAUGGCGGAUCUCCUGCCCAACAUGCCUAACCCUCCUGGAGGAGAGCCUCGUGAUGAGCCAGUCUAUCUGCCUGUCCAGCUGCAUUCACCGUUGUGUGACUUACUGUAGGCCUCCUGGUGGGGUACACUGACUAAAGGGGGCAGCAGUGGGUGGGAUCCUUUUGUUCUGAUGAAUGUAUUCCUCUCAGUGGACAGCGGCCAUUUACAAUCUCAUCUCAAAAAAAUAACGUACACUGAUUUAUUUGUUUCUUUUGUUUGAUCUCGCUCAUUGGUGACAUUUCCACAUAGUUCCAAAAUGGCAGCAAGGACUCCAAGUUAUGUUCUGAAUUAUGGAUGGAGCUCAGACACUUAGCCGGGUUUGCCUUUUUUUCUUUUCUUUUUUUUUGCUGUUCUUUAUUUUAUUAUUAUUGUUGUUGUUGUUUUAGUUUUUUUCUGUUGUGAAAAUUAAGAUGUAGAGCGAAGAUAUGGUGGAGAAAAAAAUGAUUUUGAAAAACACUGCAGAAGAAUGGUUUGAGUGGAAUGGUGAAUUCUAUGAUUAGACUAAUUUAGUCAAGAGGUUUAUAUAGUGUAUUAAAUUAAGUUUUAUUUUUCUGUAUAGAUUCAUUUUAAUUAUUGUAGAUGAUUCUUUAUCCUGGUAGCAAGAAGAGAAAUAUUUCUAAAAGUGUGAAAAAGGCACUUUUUUUUAUCAUUUUAACAGUAAUGGUUGUAUUCUUUCUGAGAAGAUUCUUCUAUUAACCUGAAUUAUGGAUUAUACUUUGGUCCUGUAGUUUCAGAAGAUGUCAAAAUCAAAUAUGGUUUAAAAUGAAUUACAGAGAUUGUACAUACCAAUAAGUAAAACGUUUUCUUUCCUAUUUAUUUUAUUCCUUAGGGUUUUGGUUCUCCCAGCCUGGGCACAACUGCCUCUUGAAGCGGAGCAGUUCUUGUGUUUUUUUUCUUUCUUUUUUGUUUUGUUUUGGGGACAUGGAGUUUGAACCUUCACAUUCUGACGUUCUGGUACGAUGCAGACGGGGGUGGGAGGUCGAGGGACGGGUUGUAAAGGGGUGUGCUGUGUAUACAGUGUACAGAUUAUCGCUUGCUUCUCUGCCUUUAGCAUAGAACACAACAACAAAAAAGGAAAAAAAAAAACAAUUCAACACAGCCAUACAGUAACUCAAAAAAAAGUAUAAAAAGUGUGCUUUCUAUGUUGUCUGGAGUGAAAAAUGCUUCAUACAAGCUGCUAGGUGCAAACUGUUCCGGUGUGAUGUAAACAAGCAAUAACAAUUACUUGAGAAUCUCUUGGGGUUUUUUGUGUUUUUGUUUUUGUAAUUUUUGUACAGUUUCCUGAAUAAAAAGGACACAUUUUGCUCCGCAUUUGGAUGCAGUAUUAAACACAGUUUUUUAUUGCAGUUUGUACCAAGAAAGUCCACAUCCACACACAGCGUUCCUAUUCGAUUAUGCAGCAUUGGCUGAGACCUGGAGAGGGAGGUAGUUUGUGAUCUCCCCCGUUGGCCCUCGCCCUCUCUGCCUCCAGCCGUUCUUCUAUAGCAGAGGUCAGAGUUAAGACUGCACGGUUCACGAGACCUGCUCUGACAAACACUUAGCCAUAUUUUAUGACCUCAGGCAGUUAGUUCAACUAGAAAGUGUUCAGUAAUGACAUGCUGGUCUUGUGCCCCAGUAGGGGUUUGGUUUGACCUUCACAAGAUCUAAAGCAAGUCAUCUUCUCUAACCUCAAAAGUAGAUUUUCCUCAAAAUGGGAAAAAAAAAACUUUUUAUAUUAACUAUUUUAACCCAGGACAGACUUUGAGCAAGCCAAAUAAUCCUCACAUUUCAAUUGGAUUUCUGAAUUCUACUCACUUUUCGUUUCGUGGUGAGAGACCACUUGUUGGUCGGCGUGCUUUGAGGCCCACAGAAAACAGGAAAUUUACAAUGAUGUCACUUAACAGGGUCUGAUGUAGAUGUUGCAUCAUUAAACAGGAAGAGAAUCAUUCUGAAUGUAUUGUCAUUAAAGGCCUAAGGAUGUGACUGAUGGUGUUUCUUGUCAACAUGUUGACACCGUGGUGUUGCACAGUUACGCCACGCUCUUCUCAGCAUUUCCAAAGUUGCCCAUUGUUGCUUCUUUUCUUUCUUUUCUUUUUUUUCUUUUUUGUUUUAGUUCUGUAUGAAAUUUGAAGUUGUAGCAAUCAACUUUGGGACAAGGUCUGCAUUUUGGUUGUCCUGCAGGUGUUUUGUGGCUGGGCCUACAGGAGAUCACACAUUUUUGAUAAAAAUGCUGUUUUGAUUGUAAAAUACAGUCGUGCAGAAGAAGCCUUUUGAGCCAUUUUAAAGAAGGAUUCACAGCCCUUUGCAAAUUUCCAAAGAUUGUCAAGAUUUUGAAAUGACUUAAAGCCAUGUGGUAGCAGUGCAUUUUUUAGCAUUUAUAAUGAGGACAGGUGCAAAUAAAUGAUUUUGCCCAUUACAAAUAUCCAGGCUUUGGACCCACUAAACGAAAAUAUUAUUUUUUUUCUCUUUAACUUAUGGUUUUGAAGAACUAUAAAUGCCCUUUUGUAUUGUCUGCCAAUUUCUUAGAGCUAAGAUGCAACCUUGAAAUGCUAAAAACCCUAGCAUAAUGCCUUAGAUUUCGUCCGUUCUCGUUCUUGUACAUUACACCGCUGUCUGUAUAAAUUUGUAUAAUGACUUGUGUACAAUAUUGAAUGGGUGCAUCAUUGUUCAACUCUUCUCAGCUGCUGGAGACUCGGUCACGGUUCAAGUUUCCCUCAUCUUUGCUCUCUGUUCUGUGUUGGGUUGAAGCCUCUGUUCUUUCAUUUCUCCCCCUCCUCACUGUUUCCAUGGAAAAGCUGAUACAUAGGGAUAUUGAAGCAAUAUGUAAUAUACUAUAUGGACUUUCUGAAGAAAGCUUACUGUUGUGUUUUCCCCCCCGCGGUAUUUUUUCUGCAUUGUUCACAGGAGUCACACUGUAUACCCGCAUCGAUCUUUGUACCCCUAGUGUGUGUGAGCGUUUUAUGCAAAAUUAGAUAUACAAGAGAAGUUAAAACCACAGUUAUGCAAGUUGUGAACUAAUAUGGCUUCGCUGAUGCUAUUUGCCUUGUAAAUAAAGAAUUCUGUUAUUGCAUUAUUUAA